GCACCGGCAGCGAAGACGCCGGCCGCCGCCUCACAGGCUCCUGGGAGAGACGGAGGGAAGAGGAAGGCUCCCGCAGCGGGGCGGAUUGCGAGCGCCCGGCGUCCUGGGGCAGGGCCAGCGAGGACCGCCGCAGCAGCCGGGGCCUGGACUCCACGCCGCCCCCGAGUCCCAGGAGUUGCAGCAUGCCGGCCGAGGCCAGCUCCGGCCCCUCUGCUGCAUCCAGGGAGACUGCAAGCUCGUGUGCGAGGAAGAAGGUACAUUUUGAUAGUAUACAUGAUGCAGUACGAGCCGGAGACGUGAAGCAGCUUUCAGAAAUAGUGGAACGUGGAACCAACAUUAAUGAAGUUGAUGUUCUCCAUAAAUUUACCCCUUUACACUGGGCAGCACAUUCUGGAAGUUUGGAGUGUCUUCAUUGGCUACUGUGGCAUGGAGCUGAUAUCAUGCAAGUAACUUCAAAAGGUUGGACAGCAGCUCACAUAGCUGCAAUCAGAGGUCAAGAUGCUUGCAUGCAGGCUCUAAUAAUCAAUGGAGCAAAUCUGAGCGCUCAAGAUGAUCGUGGAUGCACCCCUUUACAUCUUGCUGCAACUCAUGGACACUCGUUUACUUUACAAAUAAUGCUCCGAAGUGGAGAUCCCAGUGUGGCUGAUAAGAGAGAAUGGAGACCUGUACAUUACGCCACUUUUCAUGGGCGACUUGGCUGUUUGCAGCUUCUUGUUAAAUGGGGAUGUAGCAUAGAAGAUGUGGACUACAAUGGAAAUCUCCCAGUUCAUUUAGCAGCCAUGGAAGGCCACCUUCACUGCUUUAAAUUCCUACUUAGUAGGAUGAGUAGUGGGACACAAGCUUUAAAGGCCUUUAACGAUAAUGGAGAAAAUGCAUCAGACCUGGCACAGAGGUUUUUUAAGCAAAACAUUUUGGAGUUUAUCAAGAGGACUGAGUAUGAAGAAAAAUACCCAGAAGAUCAGGAAACUUUAGCAUAUCCAGGUCAUGUGGCUGCCUCUAAGGGUGAUUUGGAAAUGCUUAAGAAAUUAGUAGAAGAUGGAGUAAUCAAUUUGAAUGAACGUGAUGAUAAUGGAUCAACUCCUAUGCAUAAAGCUGCUGAACAAGGCCACAUAGCAUGUUUGCAAUGGCUAGUUAAAAUGGGAGCAGACAGUAAUAUUGCCGACAAAGCAGGGGAGAGACCCUGUGAUGUGGCUAAAAGGUUUGCCCAUUUGGCAUCGGUGAAACUGUUGGAAGGGCUACAGAAAUAUGAUAUAGAUGACGGGAAUGAACUUGAUGACAAUGAUAUGAAGUUUUUUAUAAGACAUGGUGUUGAGGGAAGCACUGAUGCCAAAGAUGAUUUAUGUCUCAGUGAGUUGGAUAAAACAGACGCGAGAAUGAGAGCCUAUAAGAAAAUUGUAGAAUUGAGACACCUUCUGGAAAUUGCUGUCAGCAACUAUAAACAGUUGGGAGGGAUAACAGAAGAAGAUUUAAAGCAGAAGAAAGAACGUAUCGAGUAUGAAAAGACCAUCUCAGAGCUGCGGGCCCAGUUGGAAUAUGAACGACUGCGCAGAGAAAAAUUAGAAUGUCAGCUGGAUGAGCAUCGAGCAGAGGUGGAUAGACUCAGGGAAAUGUUGGAAAAAAUGCAGGUCUCCAAUUUCGUGCCUUUGGACGAUGACUCCUGUGAGUCAAGCAAAGAGAAAAGGAGAGUGAAAAAAAAGGUGUCUUCUGGGGGAAUGUUUAUGAGAAGCAAAGAUCUGUGACUAUCUUGGAACAGUUGUUUAGAUCCUGCCUCCUACUAAUGAUCUGGUUGUUAGCUUUGGGCUUUGCUGCUACUUCACAUCAGCCUGUACAUCUUCUGGACCUUGCCUGGAUGCCAAAGGCCGUUUGGCUCAGUAUCAUCAGGAUCAGUCGGCCCUGCGGAGAGUGCAUCUGAUUGCUGAAACUGGUUUAAGUUGAUGAGGGGUUUGUAAGCACAUGGUAAAAAAAAAAUUUUAAUAACUUUAUUUUCACUUGCUAAUUUAUCUGUGAUUGCCAAAAGGCCUUCAGACUGUAGUAAUAGUUGUCAGUAUUUAAUGGGCACUUCACUUUGGGAGAUCUGUGCCAAGCAAGUCUUUUAAUCCUUACAACAUUGAUAUUAAGUUUGUAUAUUUUAUAGCUGGAAGUUAGUAAUUCUGUCUAGGAUCACACAUCAAUUUGGGAUUUCAAACUUGGCAGCAGCAGUUUAGUCUAUAUUCUCAUAACCAAUACUGAAUUAUAAACUUCAGGGAACUCACCUUGUGGGACUACACACAGCCUUUGCCCCUGCUGACCUGGUGAUUAAUUUCCGUUGAUGCCAGCUCUGUAAGUGUUUGUAACACUUGGCUCAGUUUUCUCAGAGCCGUGUCUGUAGUCUCUGUUGAAGUGAGGCGGAAGAGUACUAAACAGUACUAAACAGAAACCUGCACCUUGGUUGUCUUCUGCUCUCCUCUUCGAGGUUAACAGGCUGUUCCUAGGCUUGUGGCUUUUGGGGGUAGGGACCAACUUCUAAGCCCCCACUUACGGUUAAGAUAACCAUAAUCAUUAGGAUGUGAGCAAAAAAAUGGUAUGUAAAUCUUUAGGGUUAUAAUCCAAAAAGCAAAGGGCCGUUUCCUUUUGUCCCUUUCUUCUGGAAUGUGGAUAUGGUCAUUGUACCUUGUGAAUGAAGACAACACCAAGGAUGGUCAAGCAGUAAGGUUAGCCCUGGCUCCAUGAAGGUAACCCAACCCUAAGAAUGCUUAUACAAGAGCUAUGAAGUAAACCCAUGUAAGCCACUAUGAUUGUGAUUCAUUCUGUGGCAGCAAAAUUAAAGUUGUUAUAUUAUCCUCAAAUUACAUACUUAUUUAUAACACCCUUAUGUAUUAUUGUCA